AUGUUAAAUGUUUCUAUUUUUUUAACUCUGUUUUAAUUGUUUGUUACUAUUUCCAUGACUCUGAUAGUCAACAUUAUCCUUUAUGUAAAUGGAAUAAUUUUCAUCCACACGUUAUAAAAGCAGUGUAAAGUAUGAUAACUGUGUACUGUAUCCAUAGCCAAACCAAGUUGCUUAUUGGCAGCACACAGAGGGGGACAAGCAAUUAUUCUUUGCGUGCUUCAUUACCUAGUAACAUAUCAAACUAUGGGCUAUCAUUGCAACUGGUUUUUUAAUCAUGGUUUGUUUGUAUCUCUUGUCCUUGCAAGAGCUGGAAGUUGGUUACUUCAAAUACCAACCUACGCAAAGAUUCCUUGAUCAUCAUCUCUUCCUUUCAGCUUGAAUCUAGGAGCUACAACUUUUCCAAAAAGAGUUGUGACUAACAACAUGUCAAGCACUGCUGGUCUCGUGAUUCCAUGCAAAGCUGCUGUUGCAUGGCAAGCAGGGAAACCUUUGGUGAUAGAACGCGUGGAGGUGGCUCCCCCACAGGUCAUGGAAGUGAGGAUCAAGGUUAAAUAUACCUCACUCUGCCAUACUGAUCUCUACUUCUGGGAGGCCAAGGGGCAAACUCCUCUGUUUCCCCGAAUUUUCGGUCACGAGGCAUCUGGAAUUGUGGAGAGUGUUGGAGAAGGAGUCACAGACCUGCAGGUCGGGGAUCAUGUGCUUCCGGUAUUCACUGGGGAAUGUGGUGAGUGUCCACAUUGCAAAUCUGAGGAAAGCAACAUGUGUGACCUGUUGAGGAUCAAUACAGACAGAGGAGUCAUGCUUAGUGAUGGUAAAAGCAGGUUCUCCAUUAAUGGUAACCCAAUAAAUCACUUUGUUGGCACAUCCACUUUUAGUGAAUACACUGUGAUACAUUCUGGCUGCUUAGCAAAGAUCAAUCCACAAGCACCUAUGGAUAAAGUCUGUGUCUUAAGUUGUGGCAUCUCAACAGGAUUAGGAGCAACUUUAAAUGUUGCAAAACCAAAGAAGGGCUCUACUGUAGCAAUCUUUGGUCUUGGAGCUGUUGGCCUUGCUGCUGCUGAGGGUGCAAGAAUUGCUGGUGCAUCUAGAAUUAUUGGAAUUGAUUUGAACCCAAAGAGGUUUGAGGAAGCCAAAAAAUUUGGAGUAACUGAGUUUGUGAAUCCCAAGGACUAUGAUAAGCCGGUUCAAAAGGUGAUUGCAGAUAUGACUAAUGGAGGAGUGGACAGAAGUAUAGAGUGCACUGGAAACAUCAAUGCCAUGAUAUCAGCUUUUGAAUGUGUUCAUGAUGGGUGGGGUGUUGCUGUGCUUGUUGGAGUACCAACUAAGGACACAGUUUUCAUGACCAAGCCUAUUAAUCUGCUCAACGAAAGAACACUUAGGGGGACUUUCUUUGGAAAUUACAAGCCUAGGACUGACCUCCCAUCUAUUGUUGAUAUGUAUAUGAAUAAGAAAUUGGAACUGGACAAGUUUAUAACCCAUAGAGUUUCUUUCUCUGAUAUCAACAAGGCAUUUGAAUUAAUGUUGAAAGGAGAGGGACUAAGGUGUAUCAUUAACAUGGAAGACUAGAAAAAUGAUAGGAGAACUUCACCGUUUUACUUACCCUCUUAAGACUCAUUCCAUAUGAAUGAUGUUUUCACUCUGAUGUAAUAAAUGUUUCUUUCUUACUACAAAAACUGAAAAUGAGUAGACCAUACCUCCAAAAUCGUCUAUUUUUGGAACAACUGCAACUGAAAAAAAAUCUAGUAAAGUUCUCUUAACCCUUAACACAUCUAAAGUCAAGACAAUGUGCAAGCUUCAACGAUGACUUAUAGUGGUAUUUUAUUAGGGAUUUCUUUUAAGUGUGACA